AUGACGCAGAAAUACACCGAAAUGAAACUGAUGGAAAAUGCGGAGGCCGGUGAGGUGAACGCCGCCAGUGACUCCAGCAAGGAAUCUUCGGAGCCCAGCUGGUGCGAGACUUAUUGGUCCAAGAUGAGAGGUGCGGGUGAGAGCCCACCUCCAAAACUGCCUCCGUCGUUCUUGGCCUGGAGCUUCCUGGGUGCUUUCGUCGGCAUGAGUGCCAUCGGCCUGAUCCAUGCGCACCUCAUGCUUCCCAAGACCCACAUGCCCUUGUUGGUGGGAUCCUUUGGCGCGAUGUCAGUGAUUCUCUUCAGCGGAUUCAAGACUCCCGUUGCGCAGCCUUUCAACGUCAUCGUCGGCAACACCAUUGGCGGCUUGGUGGGUGUGGUGGUGCACGAUGUGUUGACCGCCCUGGGUUUGGGCAGCUAUGUGUGGUUGGCCUCCGCCUUGGCGGUUUCCCUGACCAUCGUGGCGCAAGAGGUCACACGAACCGUGCAUCCACCAGGCGGAGCGACCGCUUUGAUCUAUGUCACAACCCCACUGGUGCAGCAUUUGGGCUACAAGUAUGUCUUUUGCCCAUCAUUCCUGGGAGCCGUGAUCAUGGUGGCCGUUGCCUGCAUCACCAACAACUUGUCGGGGGCCCGGACCUAUCCGCAGUACUGGUUCCCAUCGGAGGCGGCAGAGGAAUCCACACCUUCCAACUAUUUCAUGAAGUUCCUGGGCGCAAACGCCAAGCCUCUGCCUGCAGCCUCUCCACCCUUGGCACAGACUUGGUGUAGCUUCCUGGGCGCUUUCGUGGGCAUUGGUACCUUGGGGCUGCUGCAUACCUACUUCGUUGGCCCCGACCUCCACGAAGUUCUGCUGGUGGGAGCCUUUGGCGCGAUGUCUGUGAUCAUCUUCAGCGCAUGGAAAGUGCCCUUUGCUCAGCCGAAGAAUGCCAUCAUCGGGAACUGCAUCGGCGGCUUGACCGGCGUUUGCGUCUACGACCUCAUGGGCUCAGCAGGCCUGAGCGAAUACAUCUGGCUGGGCGCGGCUCUUUCUGUUGCCCUGACUAUCACUCUGCAGGAGCUGACCAACACUGUGCAUCCUCCCGGUGGUGCAACAGCGCUGCUUUUCGUGAUCGUUCCAGUGCUUCACAAGUUCAAAUUUGCUUAUGUGGUGACACCUUCAUUGCUGGGAACUGUGAUCCUGGUGCUAGUGGGAUGCAUCACCAACAACCUGGUGAGCCAACGGUUCGUGAAACCGGCCUGCGAUCAUUUCGCGAUCGAGAACCGGCGCUCUAAAGGAGAGCCCCGGGUCACUAGACUGGCGGCUGCGGAGACUGCCCAGUUGCGAUCUGCUGGUUGUUACAAAAAGCUUGUCGUUAGCUCAGACGUUUGCAUUCUGUGCAUGCGGCAUAGCCCUGGCAACGUCGCUGAGGCAGCGGAGCCCCUCAAAGUCCUCAAAGUGCAGGAGAGGCCGUCGAGUUUCGGAAGAGGCUGCGCGGUGGUGAUUGAUCUCUGCCAACAGGCACAAGAUGGUGCGGAAGUUAAGGGGGUGAAGAUCCAAGGUGUAAGGUCGUUUAGGCCGUUUCGGCAUCUUAAGUUCUGGGUUUUGGAGCCAUGUGAUACCAGUCAGGUUUAG